GUUUGUGUUCUUCAGCCAGAGUGACGACGACGGUGGACUUUUUAUCACAAGAAUCUUCCAGUCUCUGAUCCGCUUCUUCUAAGCUUGGAAUAGCUCUGGCAGAUGGAAUACCGUGACCUCGCCUUGAGUUCGGACAACCUAUCUUUAAACCGUGGGUUGUUCGAAAUUUGGCAGAAGGAACAUGCACUAUUGAAUUGCCAUUGGCGCAUACUUAGUACUACUAAUCUUCUAUCUAUCCGAUGUUUUAUAGCCUCGGUCAUGAAUUAUCCUCGAGGCCAGCCUCAUUGCAAAUAUAAAGGAGUUAAAAAAAUUGUUUGGACAUCUGAGCCCAGAGCAACGCCCUCAUUGAUAUUGCUAGCCUUUCUCCCCUCAUUCAGCUUCAAUUUGUGUCGACUACUGUUCUUCAUCAGUCCCUUGAUCUUUUUCAUCCAGCUCUGGUUUGCAGGGUUACAUGCAGUUCAUCAUUGGUCCAUGGUCCGGGUCAUAGCAGGAGAGUUGGACAUCAAACUUGACGAUGAUUUUGGGUUUGCUCCCUCCACUCUUGUCCACAAGGGUAGCGAAGCGCUGUUAGGAAAGGCAAAAAUCUGAAAUUCGAGCGUGUUGUAUAGCAUAUCUCACAACUAGUAAUAGUACCUCGUACUGAGUUGUUAAAUCCACCGUUGCCGGAUCA